AUGGAUAACUGGCACACAACACAAUGCACAAAGCCCGACGUUGCCAUCUUUCCAGGACUUGAUGUUCCGGCAUGUAUGAACUGCGGAGAAAUUUGCCCUUCUGAUCGAGCGGACAACAAACACAACGAUGAACUUCAGAUUCCAUCAGCGUGCAAGCGGUCUGCUAUGCAGUUGAACUGGCCACCAUCGAUUAAAUAUCAGGAUUACGCUUACCGCAAUGAUCCUGAUGGCUCGUUGCACAAGGCUCUGGUUUCACUGGUUGACCAAGAAUGGUGCAAACAGGAACCAGACAAGCAGAGGCCUUGCUCUUCCAUCAUCAAGACAGCCCAGACUCCAUCUUCGCAAGUAAGCAAGACCUCAUAUGAGUCCCUUGAUGGUACAAAGAUACGUCUUUUGCGAUUGUACAAAGGACACUUUGGGGAUUGCUUGCACGGAGAAUUUGAAACUAUCAGCCUUCAGAACCAAGACGCAGAGCCAGAAGAGCCAGAAAUGAUAUCGUCAGAUGGAAUGGAAAAUCCUACGUCAUAUGAAGCAGUUUCAUAUACCUGGGCCAAAGGAAAUGGCAAACGGGAAAAGGACCACGCCAUAUUCAUCGGAAAUCGUUGGGACAUACUUCCAAUUACUGAGAACUGCUUUGAUGCCUUGCAAAACUGUCGACUUAAUGACCGAGAUAGACGCCUGUGGGUUGACGCAAUCUGUAUCAACCAGUCAAACAUUUCUGAAAGGACUCACCAAGUCGGCAUGAUGAGAUAUAUAUACUCAACCGCCAGCCGCGUUCUGAUAUACCUGGGGAUAGGCGAUACUGGGAGCGGCUCGGAAAUCACGGAUGACCCCGAGAUUCUCAGUGGCAACCCAUAUUUCUCGCGUAUAUGGGUGGUACAAGAGAUUGCGUCUGCGAAACAGGCGCUGGUUUUGUAUGACCGCAAAGCCAUGCACUGGGACUUUUUCCACGGGAACCUGCAGCGCUUGUAUAGUAAGAGAUGGAUGCGGAACUUCGGAUCUGCCCGGCAGAUCGAUGAUGCUCAUGAGUUCUUGACCCUGCUCGGGGAUACGCGGGACUGCAAUGCUUCAGAUCCAAGGGACAAGAUCUUCGCCUUACUUGGGCUGUGGAAGAGGCCUCUGGAGCCGGAUUACACGUUAUCGCCUCAAGUUGUGUACACGGGACUGGCUUCCAUGCUUGUAACGGACAAAAGUUGGGAAGUGGUAGCGCUAUUACUUGAUAUGGCGACCCAUGGCUGCUCGAUGCUUGGCCUCCCUUCAUGGGUUCCCGAUUGGAGCGAAAAGAGUCAAUGGCCGUGUCAAGGGCAAUGGAAAAGCAAUCUUUCCUUACCCAUGAAGGCGCGGCCAAGGCGUGCUGGGAGGUUUCGAAUUCAUCGCCAAACUGGCUCUUUAAGUGUUCUUGCCGCUGAGAUCGACAUAUUGGCCCCAUACCUCUCCUGUGGGUUCCGGUCGACCACUAAUGGGAUUCUUACGAUAAACGCCGGAUGCAUUCAGGUUUCAAUAGCCCCUGAUGUUCUAUCCAAAUGCGAACCGACUGAUAGUAUCUUUUAUCUUUCCAAGUACGGAUUCUGUCUAAUCCUGCGGAAGAAAGCCGACCCCAAUGUCUAUAUUCUUAUAGGGCUUUGCGGAUACUCGUGCCUAUCUGACAGUCAACAUCAGUCAGUAGAACUCGAUGACAUCAGAUAUCUCCAGGAAUGGGCGUGGCUUUUAUCGCUCGGUGAACAACGGUUUUGGUCUGAGCUUGCCCCCUUGAGAAAAGCACAGAUCUGCUGGGGGGCUCUCCGAAGGCAGAGGAAGCUGGAAACUCGAACGACUCUUCAGAGGAUUGUCAGAAAAGCCCAUUUCCUGAAAAGAUCGCGUGAUCUAGUUCUGGAAGAGCGACAUGCCAUGGAGUAUUACAGCAAAGACAAAAGUCGAGUGAGGGAAUUCUUCCAACGCCAAUGGAUGAAGAAUUAUAGGAGAUGGAAGCAAGCAGACGAGCUAUUAGCUGUGGAUUAUAAAAAAUGCAGAGAACUAACCAAGAAAUUGCUUCCAGGCUAUAGAAGCCUAGAGCCAUUGCAAGCAGCGUCCACCCAACCGCCACUGGGACAGUCGAUGUGGCUUCCAGUGUCUUUCUACUGGUUUACAAUAUGGAAAGGCAGUACUCAAUAUGAGACAACCGACCUUUAUACUAAAUACCGGUUGCUCGCGGCCUGCGCUUCCAGGAAUAUCCCAUUACCCCCUAUACAUUUAAUCACGGAUAAGAAGAGCCAUAUUUCGCUUUCGCUUGGCCUGGAACUUGAGAACGGUCUACGAGAUCUACAGAGAGUAGCAAAGGAGCACUUCCCGCAAGAAGUGCCAGCUGAUGAGAAGAUCGUGGUAUCCCGCAAUCUAACGGCCUCUUAUCGCCUCGAUUUCACAGAAGAGGAGUGGGCCAUUCUUCUGCGUUGGUUGUCCAGGCCAACUUCACCAAGCUAUGAUAUGCUAAAAUAUGGAUCGAAAAUGGAUGCUCCGUUGAUUUGGGAAAGCGGGUUUGUUACACAAUGCCAACUUGAUGAAGCUCACAGUUUGCUGGAUGAUAACUUUAAUCACCAGAUGGCAGCACUAUCCUCCUCGUCCCACAGUGAAGCAUCCCUUGACAAGUUUUUUGAACUUGUAUAUCGUGAGCAGUUCGAACUGCUUUGGUUAUUUGUCUUUCGUUCACACUUGCGGCUUAUCAAAAGGCUUCGUGGUUACAGUCUCGAUAAUCUCGGUGCCGGGUUUGCACGCUCCUUGUUCUGGAGAUUUGACCGUAGCAUCGGCAAGGCUUGUCAGCUUGUUGGAAAUGUCCCUCUCACACAUGACAAGAUUGAAGAGCAAUGGGCCAGGUUCCUUAAUUGGCUCACACAACAAUCGUUUAAGGUGCCAGCGCAGGAAAUACCAUCGCAAGCGUAUGAUCAGCGACCGAGGUUGUUGAUUGAACAAGAAAGGGGCGACGAAUAUGAAGGGGACUACUGCCUGUCAAUCAUAGAAUGUGAUGGAUUGUUUAUUAUGAGGAACAGACCAGAGCCUCCUCAUCUGAAGUCUCAGACAUUUUAUGCGGAACAGAUGUUAUCUGAACUUAUUUAUUCCGAAAUUUGGCGACGAAGGCUUCCAGAGAGAGUGUUUGCUUUUCUAUUCGACGACGCUGAGAACACUCCUCAGCCAACGAAAUCUGGAUGCACAGGUUUGGAAGAACUAUUUGCCCGCGAUCAGCUAUCCAUUUGCGGCAAGCCUUUCACCCAAUAUUGGAGACAGGAGUCUAAGUCGUGGAAGGUCGUGGAGCAGUACAUUUCGGAAUCACAGUGGCAUAUGAGUUGCAUGAAAAUGGAUCUCUUGCGCGGAUCGAAGGAGAAGAGAGAUAUGUACGAGGAAAUUGUUAUUAUUUGA